UCAUUUUUUUAAAACUGUACUUUCACUUUCGGUUGUAUAACAACAUGUAUCCUGUAUUGACGAAAGUUUGCAAUGAAAUAGCGUUUUCAAAACCGCUUAAAAAGUUUCAGAAGGUGUAUCUGAUGCAUGUUAUGAAUAGACACAAUGUCAUAGCUAUAUUGCCGACUAGUAUGGGAACAAUUUGUGAUCCUGAGAGAGUCGACAUGUCGGACAAAAACAACUGGCGCGCGGUGCUCGGGGAACACAUGCAGGGUCGAGAGGACGGCACGGAGCAGAAGCUCACAUUGGACAGGAUAGUCACACAUCCCAAGUUUACGCUGGAGCCUACGAUGCUGUUUGAUAUCGCCCUGGUAAAGUUGAGCAGGCCCGCUCACAUGUCCGAGUAUGUGAACACCGCGCCCGAUCACAGCCACUGCGUCACUGCGGGCUGGGGAGACUUAGUGGAAGGGGGUGUGGGCUCGGAAAUACCGCACCAUGCUAGCGUGCAGAUUGUUUCCACUUCUGUCUGCGCUGACCUGUACAAUUCACUUCCCACUGUCGCCAUUGCUGACUCUGUUAUUUGCGCCAGCACUAAGGGAAGAGACUCCUGUCAGGGCGACUCGGGCGGUCCACUGGCGUGCUUCCAUGAUGGCCACUGGACUCAGGUUGGCGUGUCUUCUGGAGGCUAUGGUUGCGCCAGACCGCAGUACCCCGGCUUCUACACGCGCGUAACCACUACUACGAAUGGAUAGAGACUGUCAUCGAGGCCAACUGAGCAACCAAAACUACGGGAAAGAGUGUAACCACGUUGCGUGUAAAACUUCAAAUGGACACUGCACAACUAUCGGUGCGCCGGGAAGAUGCCGCUCGAAAUGUUGGGCAGCUACAUCUCUACUGUAUAUCCAUAGCUUAUAUUUAUACUUUUCCGGGUAUCUUCUCAACUUGAUACAUUAUUAAAAUAUCAGAUGGAACCUUUUCAUUUUUUAUACACAUACAUACGGACAAGAAAAAACCACAUACUUUAAGCAACUACACUGAAGGCUACAGUUACACUGGCCAUCUGUAU